AUGGCCAAAGCUCCAACGUUCUCUCUCAUCAUCCUCAUUUUCAUAGCCAUUUCCCUCCCAACAAACUCCAAAGAAUUCCCUACAAAGGGAGAGAUGCGGAGGUCACAGCAGCUAACUCACUUCCUCUUCUACUUCCACUACCACCUCCGCGGCAACGAGACGUCGGUCUUGGUGGUGGCGCAGGCCCCCACCACCAACACCUACCGAACCAGGUUUGGCGAGGUGCAGGUCGUCGACAUUCGGCUCACGGAGGGCCCGAACCUGAGCUCGAGGACGUUGGGGCGAGCUCAGGGGUUGUUCACGUAUGCCGAUGUGAGGGAAACAGGGUUAUUAAUGGUCUACAAUUACUUCUUCACCGAGGGGAGGUAUAACGGCAGCACACUGAACGUGAUGGGGAGGUAUCCGCCGCGGUCGGAUAAUAUUGAGAUGGCGGUCAUCGGCGGCAGCGGCCAUCUCCGGGGUGCGAGGGGGUAUGUUCGGGUUAGGGAAUUAGUGAAUGAUUUGGAAAGGGGGAUUGAUAUAGAUGAGCAUCAUGUCUCUGUCAUCUUCCCUUCCCCUUUGUUGGAUAUUUAG